CCCUCGCUCAUCCCUGCGCCCUCCCCGUCCAGGCCCGGGGGCCGCGAUGGCCUGCCGCUCCUGCGUCGUUGGCUUCAGCAGCCUUAGCAGCUGUGAGGUGACUCCAGCAGGCGGCCCCCGGCCUGAGUCCUCGGAAUGGGGCAGCUGCGGAGCCUCCAGACCAGGCUUCAGCUCCCGCAGUCUCACAGGCUGCUGGUCGGCUGGCACCAUCCCCAAGGUGACAGUGAACCCCAGUCUGCUGGUACCCCUGGACUUCAAGGUGGACCCAGCCAUCCAGGAGCAGAAGACCCAGGAAAAGGAGGAGAUGAAGGUCCUCAACGAUAAAUUUGCCUCCCUGAUUGGCAAGGUGCAGGCCCUGGAGCAGAGAAACCAGCUGCUGGAGACACGCUGGAGCUUCCUGCAGGGCCAGGGCUCCACUGCCUUUGACCUUGGGCACCUCUACGAGAAGUAUGAGGGCCGGCUACAGGAGGAACUGCGCAAAGUGAGCCAGGAGCGGGGACAGCUGGAGGCCGACCUGCUGCAGAUGCUGGAGAAAGUCGAGGAGUUUCGAAUCAGGUAUGAAGAUGAGAUCUCCAAGCGCACAGACAUGGAGUUUACCUUCGUCCAGCUGAAGAAGGACCUGGACACAGAGUGUCUUCGACGGACUGAACUGGAGACCAAGUUGAAAAGCCUGCAGAGCUUCGUGGAGCUGAUGAAAACCAUCUACGAGCAGGAGCUGAAGGACCUGGCCGCCCAAGUGAAGGACGUGUCAGUGACCGUGGGCAUGGACAGGCGCUGCCACAUUGACCUGAGCGGCAUUGUGGAGGAGGUGAAGGCCCAGUAUGAUGCCAUCGCAGCUCGCAGCCUGGAGGAGGCUGAGGCAUACUCCCGGAGGCAGCUUGAGGAGAGGGCCGCCUGCUCAGCUGAGUUUGGGAACAGCCUCCAGAGCAGCCGCAGCGAGAUUGCUGACCUCAAUGUGCGCAUCCAGAAGCUCCGAUCCCAGAUCCUCUCCAUCAAGAGCCACUGCCUGAAGCUGGAGGAGAACAUCAAGGAGGCCGAGGAGCAGGGUGAGCUGGCCUUCCAGGAUGCCAAGGCCAAGCUGGCCCAGCUGGAGGAAGCCCUGCAGCAGGCCAAGAAGGACAUGGCGAGGCAGCUACGCGAGUACCAGGAGCUCAUGAACACUAAGCUGGCCCUGGACAUUGAGAUCGCCACCUACCGAAAGCUGGUGGAGGGCGAGGAGAGCAGGAUGGACUCGGCUCCAGCUGCCAUGGUCAGCACUGUGCAAUCCAGAUCCAGAACCGCUGCCUCCAAGUCCUACGUUGCAAGAGCCCCCUCCCGGAAGAAGAAAAACAGCAGAGGCCCCGUGAUCAAAAUCACUGAAAUGUCAGAGAAAUUCCUCUUGCAGGAGUCAGAGGCCUCAGAGUAAGGCAGCUGGACCCAGGACCCACAGGUCACUCUCCUGAAGCAGGAGAGACCUAAGCUAGACUCAAGAAAGCACUUUGGAGCCUCUAGGUUGGAAUGGGAGGCAAACCUGAUUCUGAACUGAGAGAGCUCAAAGCAAUGUAUGUUUUCUUAUGGGUGCCAGCAGGGGACAGGACUGUCACCAGCUAUUCAAAGCUACUCCACUCCAUAUCAACAUCUCACAAUCCCACCCUUCCAACCUUCUAGCCAGAGGUUUCCUAACUAGGUAACUGGAAUUGGGGUCAGUUUUAUCCCCACCUCCUCACUCCUCUGAGACUCCCCCUCAACAAAGGGCUCUGACCAAGGUCCCUUUGACCCUUUUGCCCAACCCUUGCCCUAAACACAUCUCAAGCCUUGCCUUGCCUCAGCCUCUGCACCGAGG